AUGGAGUAUCUGAAUAUCUUAAAGACGAUAAAGUGUUUGGAAACGUAUAAGUUCAAAGGAGGAAUCAACACGUUUGAGGCAGAAGAGUGGAUGCACAUGAUGGAUACAAACUUUGAAGCAAUGAUCUGUCCAGACAAAUACAAGAAGAGAGUGGCGGUUUACUAUCCACAAGGAGAUGCUCGUAACUGGUGGGAAAGCGUGGAACGUCAACAUGGAAAUCAUAUUACAUCUUGGGAUGUAUUUCAGAAGGAGUUCAGAAGGAAGUACUUUCCACCCGAGGCAAGACAUCGAUUGGAGAGGCAGUUCAUCAAUCUAACCCAAUGGGAUAGGACAGUACGGGAGUAUGAAGCAGAAUUCACAAGUCUUCGUCGCUAUGAAUCAAAAAGAAAACUCAUUAGUGGCCAGAAGGGAAAACAGAUAAUUGAGUUCAGGGAUUCCAGUCAGAAAGGCAUAUCCAGGAAAAGAGGCAAUGACUCAAAAUCUUGGAAUGGAAACCAAGGAUGUUUUUAUUGUGGAGAGGUUGGUCACAUUGUUCGACACUGCGUGGCAGAGCAAGCUGCAUUAGCCAAAGAACAUCCCCCACUUGCCCUUCUGGAAGAUAGACCCUCGAGAAAGAGAAGGAAUAGGAUUUAG